AUGCAUGUUAAACGAUUCUUUGAGAGAUAUCAAGUGGUGGUAAUACUGGCGGUGCUGGUGACCUCGCUGCCCCCCAGCACGGGCUACAUAGACUGCCGGAUCUCGUGCCGGCGUUGCCAUGAGAACACGGAGCACCCCUCCGUGCUGGAGGUGUACUGCGCCAUGUGCGAGGAGUGCAAGCAGAGACGAAGGGAAAGGUUAAAAGGACGUCCUACAUCUGCACGGACUACUUUAAUCAGAAUGCGUGAUGGAGUCGAAGAGAUCACCAAAACGCCGCCGCUGGGACCACAAGCAGCGGCGCACCCGCCCGAACACUUGCAGCAAGCGAGGCAGAGGCAGGCGGUUCCAUCCGAAUAUCCCGCACCCUCUGGACAUCCUGGCCAACCAGGUCAGGCGCCACUGCCCUUGUUCAUGCAGCAGCAGCCGCACCCGCAACUAUUACAGCAGGAACCGGGACCAGAGCUGCUGAAGACAUUUCAUGAAAAGCCGCGUCCCAUCCAACGUGGCUACGGGCCAGAAUACGAAAGACCCAUGCAAAAACUCUCGUUCCCGGCCGGCUGCCCAACGCCGCCGCCCUGCCCCGAGUCGGAGGAGGAGACAGAGGUCCUGGUGCAUUUGCCUACUACUUGCCCGACCACUACGGCCCCUGUGACCACGCACCCCACCACGCCGCAGUGUCCGCCCAUCCGAGGGUGCAGGAAGAAGAAGCCGCAGUACCAGGGCUGCUGGCCGUGCAUGCCUAUGUGCCCGUGUCCCCCGAACUAUCAGUCUCAAUUGCAGCUGCAGACCACGCCUGCUACCACUCAUCUCGACUACCAAUACUUAUACAUUGGACUACCAAAGAAUAUAUUACGAUCUAGCUAG